AAAACAAACAAAAAAACUACAGCCUUCUUCCCUUCCCUUAAUCCCUUCUCCUUUCCCCCAAAACCUUCAUCUUCUUCCCAUUUUUUUUUUCAGUGGAGUAGAAAUGUGGGACUUGAACGACUCCCCUGUUCAGAGAAGAACCGCGGCGGUGCCGGAAGAGGCAUCGGAAGAAGGGUGCUCCAGUAAUUCCCAAACCGACGACAAGGGGAAAAGGGUCGGAUCCGUGUCGAAUUCCAGCUCCUCCGCCGCCCAGCCCACGGAAGACGGAUCGGAAGAAGAACCCAUGGUGGGCGGAGGGAGAAUGAUGUCGUCGUCGCGGAGCAUGAGCAGCAGGAUAUUCGGGUUCUCCAUGGCGGCGGCGGAGGAGGAAGGAUUAGUUGGGGAAGAAGAAGAAGAGGAUCUGGAGAUGAUGAUGAGCAGCAUCGAGGGCCUCCCUGGGCCAGUGACCCGGCAGUUUUUCCCGAUGGAGGGUACGGAAAUUGUGGGCCCAUCUUCUACCUUGGUUGGCGAAGGAGGAGGAGGAGGGAGCGUCGGCGCCGCCGCGGGAGGGUUUCCCCGGGCUCACUGGGUAGGAGUGAAGUUCUGCCAAUCGGAAUCGGCGGUGGCGGUGGCGCAGCCGAUGAAGAAGAGCCGGCGGGGCCCGCGGUCGAGGAGCUCGCAGUACCGAGGAGUCACCUACUACCGGAGAACCGGCCGCUGGGAAUCCCACAUUUGGGAUUGCGGGAAGCAAGUCUACCUGGGUAAAGGUGGUGUUGUUAUUAUGGUGUUGUGUGUAGGGGGAUUUGACACAGCACAUGCAGCUGCUCGUGCAUAUGAUAGAGCGGCGAUCAAGUUCAGAGGUGUGGAGGCUGAUAUUAACUUCACCAUUCAAGAUUAUCAAGACGACCUCAAACAGAUGAGCAACUUGACGAAGGAGGAGUUUGUGCAUGUGCUAAGGCGACAGAGCAGCGGUUUCCCAAGGGGCAGUUCCAAAUAUAGAGGCGUCACUUUGCACAAGUGUGGCCGCUGGGAAGCCCGGAUGGGCCAAUUCCUCGGCAAAAAGUAUGUUUACUUGGGUUUGUUUGAUACUGAAAUUGAAGCUGCCAGGGCUUAUGAUAAAGCAGCAAUUAAGUGCAAUGGCAAGGAUGCGGUGACAAACUUUGAUCCAAGCAUUUAUGAUGAUGAUGAACUCAACACAACUUCCUCCAUCACCACCAUCAACAACAACAACAGCAGCAACAGCAGCAGCAACUCUCCUUCUGCUGGCAGUAUGAGCGCUGCUACCGAUCACAAUCUCGAUCUGAGUCUGGGUAGUAAUUCCUCUCAAGAAUCCAACAAUCUCGAUCACCAGACGAGGCCUCGUCAUGGUUCUGCUGCUUCUUCUGCCGGAAUGGAUGCCAAUGCCGCGUUCGAUCCCAGCUGGCGGAAUCGCGGAUUAAGGCCUCAUCAGAACAAUGAGGAGCAGCAGAGAAGCAGCGAGAUGGAAGCAAUGCAGCUGCUUAGUCAAACCCACAUCCGCUCUCCUGGAUCUCUUCAUCGUUACCCUAACCACCUCCUCCCGCCUUCCCAUCAUUUCCAGUUUGCAAACAGCAGUAACACAGGAGCAGGAGGCGGAUGCAGAAUUGGGAGUGACCUCUCGUUAUCUCCAAGCGAUAAUAAUCAUCAUAAUUAUAACUACGAUCAGCAAUGGCAAUUAUCAGGAGGAGGAGCUACAAGAGCGCCGCCUCCCCAACCACCAGCUCCGCCGCCACAUCAGCAGCAGAUGUAUGGAAGUGCCGCCGCCGCCGCAGCAUCAUCAGGAUUCCCCAAGCCGCCGUCUCCAUCCCCCAACUGGCUGCACAAAAAUGGGUUCCAUUACUCCCUCUUGAGACCCUCGUAGUUAAUUAACUCCGCCAUUUUUAUGCGAUUUACUUAAUUGUCAAUUUUAGUAGAAGUAUUAAACUAUGAUUAAUAACUCGAGCAUCUACUGCCACUGCCUGAAGCUUGUAAUUAGUUAAUUUAAUUAAAUAGGGUGGGGGAGUGAAGGUUUUGGUACCUAUAUCAGGCCAAAUCUAGCUAACAAAGGCAGAAGGGUCGAGGGGGGAAAAAGA